UAGAAAAAAAGCACGAUUAGAAAACAAUAUCAACUCCAAUCUAAAACAAAUCAAUACUUGAAAUACUUGAUUAUUCAAUAAAUAAUUAUUCAUUUAUCACUACUUAUGCGUUACUUAUUAGUUGUUUAGUAGUGUUAGUUAUAUUCAUCACAAAAUGAUCUCAAGUAGUAUUAAAUAUAUUUUGUUAGCUACAUAUUUAUUCACACUAGCUGAGUGUGCUAUCGAUAUUUGUCUGAAAUUGAGUGAUAAAACAUUAUCAGAAAACGAAGAUGAAAUUUCAGACUUACUGGAUGAUGUGAAAACUGGAAUUAAGAGUGAAUUUAACAAACUUUUUGUAGAAAAUCCUUCACAACAUUUCGAUUCCUUUCAUCUCAAUUUAACUCAUCCAGCCUUAACAAUUAUAGGUGAUUUUAACAAUGGAACCCUAGUUUGGACCGAACCUUCCCUAAAAUUAUGGACCUUCAAACCAGAAGGUCUAGAAAUAUUCAAUAUGACCCUUGAUAGCUUGUACAUCAACGGAACAUACGCCUUUGAUGGUUAUAUUGGAGAAAAAUUAUUCAAUCUUUAUGGCAAUGGCUCUUUCCAUGUAAACUUCACCAAAUUCUCUGUAGCAGCCAUAAGUAGCUUAGAAAUAAAUUCAACUUCUCUGUGCGUCCCUGUAUCAGUAAACGUUUACUUAGUAGAAGCAGAGAACAACUAUGAAAAUUUUAUGGAUGGCGAUGAAGAACUAGACCCAUUGUUAAACAGGGUGUUUGAAUUAUUAAUGCCAGAUGCAGUCAGAGUUGUUUGGAGAGACACAGCUGAUGAAACUGACAGUUAUAUACAGAGUAUUAUUGAUAAAAUUCUGAAUGGAAAUACUUCUGAGUCUUUAUCUAAACUGUUAUACAGCUAUACGAAAAUCAAAGAUAAGCUGACAUAAAACAAUUUUGAAUGGAAGAAUAUAUCUACGUAUAAAAAUUAUUAUUUGGGGUAUAAAAUAAACAUAAUGCAUAUUGGCCGCAUAAUAUUUAAAUUAAUUAAAGAAUAUACUAAAUAGGUGUAUUUAUUUUACCUAAAUAAUCUUGUCCUUGCCUCUAUGAUUCCAAUGUUUCAUUUCAACAUGAUUCUCACGUAUAUCAUCAUCUUUCUACUCAUUUUAAUGCAACCUGCUUGACAA